AUGAGAACUUCUAAUACUUCACUUAAUUCCAGUCAAACAAAAUUUAAUUUACGAACUCCAAAAGUUUCGGAACUAUCUAAGCAAAUGGUCUCUAGCACUACAAAAGUUUCAGAACAAUCCAAGCAAUCAAUCUCUGGUUCUCCAAAUAUUUCAGAACAAUCCAAGAAAUCAGUCUCUGGUCCUCCAAAAGUUUCAGAACAAUCCAAACGACUAAAUUUCAAAACUCCAAAAUCUUUGAAACAAUUAAAACAACCGAACUCCAAACUACCCGUUUCACUUGUUUCACCAAUAGUGAAACCACCUUUUAAUAUAGAACCAUUCGAAGGAACUUUACCUUCUCCUCCUGAAGUGGUUAUAUCUCAUCCUCCUUCUGACUUCUCAGUUCAAGAUGAACAUAAUUUGGAAGAAUCACUUAACGAACAAAAGGAUAAAAUAUCCGAGAUUUUAACAAAAUUAGAAAAGCCCGAUGUAGUAUUUAGCUCCGUAGAAAUUGAGAAAUCCAAAGUAAAAAAAUCUUAUAAAAAAAUGAAUGAUGAAUUCUAUCAGGAUGCAAUCAAGAGACUUUUAUAUGAAUUGUUUCACGAACACAAACAAAUUAACGAGAAUGAACUUAAGAGUCGACUUAAAACAAAGCUAGAAGAUGAUGAUUUCUGCAAUAAACAACUGCAAAAGUUGAAAAAUAAAGAGAUUUCAUUUAUUCAACUUUGGCAUAAGAAAUUUUAUUCUGCCCAUAUUAUAGAUAACGAUAAAAGUGGUGCACGAGAUGAAACUUCUGAUCAUUUAUCACCUUUGUCUAACAUUAAUAAUAACAGUUCAGACGAUAAUCUUUAUACAGAUUAG